AUGGGGUCAAUACCCUCCGACGCCGAGACCCUCACUCUCUACACGCCCGACAAUGAGUUUGCACGGGAAGUUGACGAGCAUAUCAAGAAUUCAGCUCUGGCACGGUCACUACGAUCGAAUCCCGACUUCAUCGAGUCAAGACCGCACCUCAAAAUCCCCGAUGAAGUGAAACAGCACAAUCUGACGGCGGGCACGUUGGCCGGCCCCGGCAUGAUUGUGGUGCCGCCGUACUAUUUCAACGAGAAGGGCGGAAAAUCCAUGGUCCAGAUAUUCUACGUCGGCACCGAUGUGUCGGGCCAUCCGGGGAUUGUGCAUGGCGGGUUCCUGGCGACAAUGCUUGACGAGGGCCUUGCACGAUGCGCUUUCCCUGCUAUGCCGAACAAGGUCGGCGUGACGGCCAAUCUCAACAUCAAUUACCUGAAGCCUACAAUGGCAGGACAGUUUCUGGUGCUGCGAGCGAAGACGACGAAAGUCGAGGGCCGCAAGGCGUGGGCUGAGGGCUGGAUUGAGAGUUUGGAGGUUGCCGAGGGCGAGGAGCCCGUGAAACUGGUCGAGGCCAGUGCUCUGUUUGUUGAGCCUAGACAUGCCAAGGUGUUGAAGUCACUCUACCGGGUGGCGUCAUAA